AAAGAAGAAGGAAUCUUACUCCAAUAAGGAGUUGGAAAUUCUCCUUGAGUUCUAUUCAAAUAAGGAGAUAGCAAUUUUAUUUAUUCCUUCCUAAGUUAAGAAUCUUACUGCAUUAAGGAAUAGUCAAGUCAAUUCCUACUAGGAAGUGCUUGAACUGAUCUCUUCGUUUUAAUUUGUUUAGGUUUCAAUCAUGUCAAGCGGUGAUGACAAAUCAACUACUAGAAGCCACCAUGUGGAUGAAUCCUUCAUGCUCAAAGCAAUGCAACAACAAUUUCAAAGGCUGGAUAUCAUGUUUGGUGAGAUUAAAGACAAAAUGGAGAAACAAGAUGCAACGAUAGCCAAGUUAUACCAAACACAGAAUGGAAGUCUGAAUUUGCGUAGAAAUGAUGCUAAUGAUGAUUUCGAUGAUGAUUAUAAAGAUGCAUGCAACAAUGACGCCCAGAACUCAAAUUUCAACAUGGACAGAAUUAUGAGAGAUAGAGGGGGCCAAAGAGAGCAAAAUCUGACGAGGUGGGGAGAUCAGAAAGAUCGUGACUUAGGUAGCAUCAAGAUGAAGAUUCCUCCGUUUCAAGGCAAAAAUGAUCCAGAUGUGUAUUUGGAGUGGGAAAAGAAGGUGGAAUUGGUGUUUGAUUGCUAUAACUAUUCUGAGGAGAAAAAGGUGAAACUAGCAGUGGGCCUUACUCAAGGGUCCAAAAGCAUUGAGGAGUAUCAUAAAGAGAUGGAAAUCGCAAUGGUUAGAGCGAAUGUGGAAGAGGACAGAGAAGCAACUAUGGCACGGUUUCUGCAUGGUUUAAAUCAUGAUAAAGCUAAUGUGGUAAAGCUGCAGCAUUAUGUGGAAUUGGAAGAUAUGGUGCAUAUGGCGAUGAAAGUAGAACGACAACUCAAGCGUAAAGGAGCCACCACCAGAACUAGGCAAAAUUCAGGUUCCUCAUCUUCUUGGAAACUGAAUUGGAGCAAAGAGGAAGAACAUUUUGUUUUUAAGCCUAAAACUGCAGCAUCUAAGGGGCAUGUUGCAUCGCAAUGUCCUAAUAAGCACAUGAUGAUCUUGAAAGAGGAUGGAGAAAUUGAAACAGAGGGUGAAUCUGAUGAUGACUCUAUGUCACCAUUGAAAGAUGCUGAUGAUGGCAUGGAAUAUGUUAUUGAUGGAGAACUGCUUGUCACCAGGCGUGCUUUGAAUGUGCAAGCCAAAGAAGAUGAUGAAGUACAACGCGACAAGAUAUUCACACGAGGUGCCAUAUCAAAAAUAAGGACGGUAACACAUGAUGGCUUCAAAAAUCUCUAUUCAUUUGUUAUGGAGGGGAAAACAAUUAGUCUUGCACCAUUGAGUCCAAGGCAGGUUUAUGAGGAUCAAUUGAGAGUAAAAAAAGAGAGUGAGCUGAGAAAUGAGAGUAAGCUUGAGGGUAUGAAAAACAAAGAGAAAACAACAAAAAAAGAGUCCAAAAAGAGAGAAAAGAUUGAAAGUGUUGAAAAUAAAGAGAGAAAAUUAGUGAGUGUUUAUGCAAAGGAAAGUGGUGUCAAGGCUGCGUUCUUUGCAAAGCAGCCUAUGUUUGUGCUUCUAUAUAAAGAUGCUUAUUUCAACACUAACGAACUUAAUGAUUCUUUGCCUAGUGUUGUUAAAUCUCCUUUGCAGGACUUCAAGGACGUGUUUCCAAAAGACAUCUCUAAUGGUUUACCACCAAUAAGAGGAAUUGAGCAUCAGAUUGACUUCAUUCCAGGUGCAACAAUUCCAAACCAACUAGCAUAUCGAAGCAACGCCAAUGAGCCGAAAGAACUUCAAAAAGCAGGUGACGAUUUGAGGACAAAUCCUUUUGAGAAGAGAGGGAAUGAUGGGAAUCAAGACGAUAGCAUAUCUACUACAUCAUGUGAUCCAUUACACACCAAAGGAGGUCCAAUCAUGCGAGCUAGAGCUAAGAAGAUGCGUGAAGCUUUAAAUGGCCUUAUUGAGUAGAUCUGGGCUGAAAACAACAUACAACAAGCAAAUCGAAGCUUGGAUGAUUAUUAAGGCAUGGUAAACAUCAUUCAGGUUCAAAAGAAGCUUAGUUGAGGUCAUUUGCACGGAAUGACACAGUUUGCAUCAAAAUCGCACAAUUCUGUCGCAAUUUGUAGCAAACUGAUAUUUUGUGUUCUUUUAGGUUAUUUUUAGUGAUUUUCACAUUUUUUUGUAUUAUUUUUAGGCUGAACAUUCGCUUAUUUGAAGCCCAAUUCGUGGUUAUUAGGUUUAGGACUUAGGGUGUUAAUUUCCUAUUCUGAUUAGGAUUUGUUUUCUCUAUUGAAAAGGCUUGUAACCCUAAUGGGGAAAAAGCAAUUGAAUUUGAGAUUUUGAGAGACUUUUUUCUUUGGUUCGUUUUAGAACUUUAUAGAACUUAUCAAGAUUAUUCUUGUGGCGUUCUAACCUGACUUAUCAUUCUCGUUUUUAAUUGUUCGAGGGUGUGGCGUCAACCAACUUUAUGCCUCUGGUUCUUGUUGCGUCAUAGACAACAGGUCAAGGUUUUUACCUUUGGUUCUUGUUGCGACAUAAACAAUGGGUCAAGGUCCUAUUAUAAACCUGAUUUAGCUUU